GCAGUUUGCCAGCACUGCAUGUUGUGACUGGUAGGCUUUCUCCCACAUCUUCGUGGGUCUUGCUGAAAUCAUCAGCAUCUGUUUGUUUUUCAGUUGUGGAACAGACUCACGGGGAAGACACGUUACCCAGACUCACGCAGCUCCCGUGUAUAACAGCAGUUCUGUACCUGGCCACCCCACCUGGAGUGGGAAGUGCUGACAAGGGGCACCUGUGAAGAGCACUCACCAGCACCGAGGUGUUUGAAUCUGGUUGGUCUGGAUGGGUAAAGAGGAGAUCAGCCCAGCCGUCCUGGCCCGGCCCUCCUUACCUCCAAAACCUCAGGUCCCCCCCAAACCGCAGACCAGGGCAGCACGAUGGCGCAGGGCAACCGAGGUCAUCCUGAGGAAGGAGCUAGACCCCAGCCAAGUGGAACAGAAAGCCAGGCACAAAUCUCUGCCAUCCCUCCCAAAUGACCAGAGUCUGUGCCUGUCUGUGUCUGUUGUCCAUCUUGAUGAUGACAGCAACCUUUUUGCUCAGACUGCUGAGGUACAGGGUUUGUCUGCGAGAGUCAAGCCCCUCCCUCUGCCAAAGCCCCACCUCCAGAGAAAAUCUCUGCAACAGGACAACCAAUCCCAGAUAGCCAAGCACACAGAGAGCAGAGUAUCAAGCAGCAAACCUCUGCAGAGUCCUGACACCAAUGACACAGGGGGCAGAUUCUGGAGUGGCAGCAAUGAGAGUGAGGAAGGCUCUGCCUUUGGUGAAUCCCAGUCAGGCUGUGCCCCCUCCUGCCCCUGCAAGUGUCACUGCAGCAGGUCCCCUUCACCCAGAGAGGGGCAGGUGGGAACAGAGCUGCCCCUAAAAUACCUGCCGACUUCCCCACUGUCUCAGUUUCUCUCUGCGAAUGGACCAGAGAAUGAACCCCACCCAGACUACUGGCACAUCACUUCCUAUGGAGGGCAGGGGCAAUCAGGGCGUUCCCCUCCCAAAAUUCCUCUCCCUUUACGACCCCUUCCUAAAGAGCCAGAGCAGAUCUACCUCCUACAAGGGUCAUUAGGUAAGAAGGAAGAGCCUGAUGCUUGGGAGGAAGUGUACAUGGAAAUAGACGUGUCACCAUCUGAAGUGGAAGAAAGCUGUAUCCCACCAGUCCUGUGCCAUGGAAACUCUGGACCCAUGGCUUUCCCCAGUGAUGUUGGGCCCACACAGCGUCCUGCAUACUUGGAGGCUGGCCACAAACCUCUCCCCCCUCUCCCUGCUAAGCCUCUACCACCUCUGAAGACACAAAGUCGCCACAAGAUGGCCACUCACUCGAGCAGUGAGGGAAGGGGGAGAAGAAGGACGUGUGAAGGUGCCCUCCAGGGUGUUGUGGCAGAACUCCGGGAGAAAUUCCCCAACGAUAGCCAGGAAGCAAAAGCCAAGGAAAACUGCAAGAAGAGAGAAACCACACGCAAACUUUCCCUUCUCAACAAAUGGUCCCCCACAAACUUCAUGGCACUGUCGUCCUCACAGAAAGGGAAGUCCCCCUUGGCAGACCUCAUGCUGCUUUCCUUACAGAACAAAACUCGGACUGCAGAGGAUAGCAGUCAAGAGGCUGUGGAAGCCACAGAGCUAGAGAGCCCUGCGAGAGAGCCUGCAUGUGAUGUGAUCCUCCUGAAUGAAUUGGGGAAGCCCCCUGGUGAUGCUGCUGACUCCUUUUGCAUAGCCACCCCACCGGAUGUAGAGGCAUGUCAGGGGAAGGGCAGAGUGCCCCUCAUGGCUGGGGAUAUUCAGGAUACAGGAUCACCUUCACAGGAUUUUGUCAGGAGGGUGUCCAGCGGGAGGCAGCAUGGCUCCCUCAAGCCAUUCUGGCAAGAGCGCAGUAUUGUGCAGGAGAGUGGAGUACUGGCACAGCUCAGUAAACAACAGCUGCUGCUACAGGAGAGCAUGUAUGAGGUGGUGACUACAGAGCACUCCUACCUGGAGAGCCUAGUAGUGGCGGUGGACCACUUCAUGGAAUCUCCUGCCCUCAACCUGGUCCUGGCGCCUCGUGACCGCAAGUCACUCUUCUCCAGCAUUGGAAAGAUCCGGGAAAUCAGCCAAAAUUUCCUAGAGGCCAUGAGGGUGGAGCUGGAUGCCAAUCUGUACAUUGAUGUGUGUGAGAUCAUCCAGCAUCACGCCGGCAGCCACUUUGCUGCCUACGUGGACUACAUCCGCAACAUGCCCUACCAGGAGCAGACCUUGCACAACCUGGGCAAGGAGAACCCACAGAUUGAGGAGGUGCUCAGGAAGCUGCAGGAGCACCCAAGCUGUCAUCGCCUGCCACUCAAGUCCUUCCUGGUCCUGCCCUUCCAGAGGAUCACACGCCUCAAGAUCCUGGUGCAGAACAUCCUGAAGAGGACAGAUCCAGGAUCAAUAGGCGAGGCAUCUGCAGAAAGAGCACUGAAAGAGGUCUCAAAGGUGGUGGAGGCCUGUAACCGAGAGGUGAGCCGGAUGAUGCAGAUGGAGGAACUGGUGCGCAUCGCCAACAAGACUGAGUUUGAGUGUAAGGCACUGCCGCUGGUCUCUUCCUCUCGCUGGCUGGUGAGGCAAGGGGAGCUAACCCAGCUGACUGACAAGGAGAACAUCUUUGGUCAGAGGAAACACUCCCCAGUCUACUUAUUCCUCUUCAAUGACCUGCUGCUGGUGGCAGUCAGGAAAGGGUUGGAUCGCUUUGUGGUGCAGGACCACGUCCACCGCUCCCUCAUCGAGAUAAGUGACGCCGCGGAGGAGGGAGAUGUGGACUGUGAGCUGGAGAAGACCUUCCUGCUGGCCCUACUGAAGAACCACAGAGGGGCCACUUCUCAGCGCCUGCUGAGGGCCUCUUCCCAGGAAGAGAAGGACGGCUGGUUGGAGGCCCUGAGCCCACGCAAGAGUGGGAAGGACGAGAUAUAUGAGGAGUGGGACUGCCCCCAAGUGCAGUGCACAGCAGCUUAUUCUGCCCAGCAGCCAGGAGAGCUGAGUUUGCGGCUGGGGGAUGUCAUCAACAUUAUUCAAAAGACCACUGACGGCUUCCUGGAGGGCCGGAGGCUGACGGAUGGGGAGCGAGGCUGGUUCCCCAGAAACUGUGUGAAGGAGAUCACUAACGAGCAUGUGCAGAGACGCCACCUCCGGCAACGCUACCACGUCCUGCAGACGGCCACCCGGAUGCUGAGACGGCGCUACAUGUCCCACGAGCGCCACGCCUCAACUUGCUUCCGAUAGGACUCUCCCUGAAACAUCACUGAAUGGGAAACAGUCUCCAUCUACUGUGUUUCAUCCUCUUAGCUCUAGAUUA